AAGCAUCGCUAGAAAGGAUAAAUUCCAAUCAAACUGCCGCUUCGUUUUCUCUUACAAUCUUUGAGAACAUAGUAAGAGAAAAUAAGAGAAGAAAGUACAGAGGGAUUGAUUUUGAGACACCGGCAUAGCCGAAGCAAGAAAGAUAGAACUUUCAUAAACGAAAUCGCAUCGAAAAUUGUUUUUCCGACGGAGGGAGGAUUCUGCUCCGGUUCUUGCCUUUUUUCGCAACCCGCGUAAGAGGAUCGAGACGAAUAUAGAGACGGAACGAAGGAAUGCAGCGAAGAAACCGCGAGUAGCGAAUCAUCGGUAUUUGGCUCUUUGAGAGAGAUUCGGAGCUGGGAAGUCGGAAGUAUUUUAAACCGGAAGAAUAACAAUUUGCACUUGUCAAGAUGGAUCUUGUAUACAUGCCGGAAGCCCUCAGUUACGGCUCGUUAAGACAUCCGCAAUAUCGGGACUACGAACAACCGUGGAACAAGGACUACUUCAAUUACGGGAAGUCAACAACCAAGACGAAGAACCAGCAACGUCAGCAGCUACAAAAAUCCACGUCUAAAGUCCCUUGCUCACUUUGCAAAGAAAACAAACGGCGCACCCUAGCUGCUUACAUCCGUGGUAAAGCACGGAGUAAUUCUUGCAGCGAGAUACAUGAAGAGAUCGAAGAAGAUGCGAUAAGGGAGGAGGAGGAGGAGGAGGACGAGGAGGGAGAGGAGAAGGAAGAAGUGCCGAGGUGCGGAGAUGACGAGGAGUCGCGAGAGAAGAGUGUGGAAAAACCGAAAGACGAAGCAAAGACAUCGCGAAGAAGAUCCGACGAAAAUAUCGGCGGAUCCGAAAACGGCAACUAAAUUUAAUACAUAGUAAUUCAUAUUAUAUUUAAGAAGAAUGAAAGAGUGAAUGAACAAUGAAUGAAAAAUGAAGAACGAAUGAAGAAAGGAGAGAGGCUAUCGUAAGACGAAUAAUCAAUUGCGCCACCGAGGAAACUCCUAUGUGUUGACACAAAUAGUAGCGUAUCUACAUAUUUGUCGGAAUGUUAACCAUUGCGAUUCGUGCGGGAGUUGCAGGUACUUUUUCCCUAUAUUUGCGGAAAAAUACUCAGUCUUCAAUACUCACGACCGAUUUUGAAAGGAAGAGAGAGAGAGAGAAUCAAAUAAAAUUUGAAUGAAAAAUUCAAUUGUAUAAACUUGGUGGGUUUUUUUUUUUUUUUUUUUUUUCGAGCGAUGAAAUCGUUCCGAUAACGAGUAUAAUUUCUACUGAAGUACCUGGUUAUUGGUGGCGCUUAUCGCGUUUUGUCUAAGUGUUAAGAUUAUUUUUAUUUACUACCUAUUUAAGAUUAAGUUUAUAUGUAAAAUGUAUAUAUUUAUUGGUUUUCUCAAGUCUGCCGUUACCCGUUGAAUUCAUAUUCAUACUCGUAUAAUUAAAUGCUCUUCGUUGUGUAAUAAAAUUUUAUGCCCGUACAUCAAGGGCUCUAUUUCGCAGGAUUAUUUCGAAGAUUAAGUAAAGUAAAGUAAAGUAAAGUAAAAAAUGUGAGGAGUAUGAAAUGUUUGAUUUCAUUCCUCAGGUUAGAAAAAAAAAAGUAUGAAAAGAUUUCGUAUGACAAAAUAGAAAUAAACCAGGUUAUUAUUCGUACAGUCAGACUGUGAAGGGAAAACUUUUAUUGAUCAAAGUAAAAUGCAAAGUGAGAAAAUCUAUACUACAUUGUCUAACUUUCUUUUUAUAUUAUACGAAAAAAAUAAAAUUAUCGAACGGAAUUUUUCUACACUCCUUAAAAAAUGCUUGAAAGUAUUGUCCGAAUUGUUAAUUGGAAUUUGCCGAGUGACGUGUUAUACGGCGUUCAUUAAUGCUGUUUUCUUCAUUAAACGCAGAUAUAGAUAUUCCUAAUUACUUUUACGACUGUUAAGAAUUGAUGUAAUCAUUAUAAGACUGAUUGUUGAGGUUGUGUGAAAGUAUAAAACCAGUUUGUAUGUAUACUAGAAACGUUACUGCUGACGCUACUCACGCUUCGCCUGACGUGAGUAGAAUUCUGUGAAUCAGUCAAAAACCAAGCGUAUAUGUAUACAAAUAACUGGAGAUGAUGUUAGUUAUAUUAAUAAAAUGCGAAAAAAUGAAUUCUUUUUCCCGGGUCGUUUGCAAGUAUUUAUAGGUAUAUGUAUUACACUAUAAACAUAGUAAGGAUGGUGAAUGCAUGUAUGAUGACUUGUUUAGGUGGAUGCGUACGAGUGCAUGUGUGAAAAAAAAGGAUCUUUUUGAGAUAUUUCUUGCGAAGUAGAAAUAAUGAAGAAGAAAAAAAACAAUAUUAUGUAAGACAUAAAUCGAGAGUGUAGAUUUCCCGUUACGGGUGAAAGCGAGAUAUUAUAUGAGCCUGAUAAUGCCUUUCUGGUUCAGUAAAAUAAGAAA